GAUCAAUGACCUAGGCUGCGUCGCCGCCUUGUAGAGUAAUUGCGCCACUCUGUUGCCACCGUCAACUCAGGCCAGAAUUGGUUGUGAAGAAGAAGAACAAAUUUACAGAGUGAUCCCAAAGAAUGACCAGAUUGGUAGUUCCUCUUCGUUCGAUUGCGCGUUCCUUUCGGAAACCUAAGUCUGCUCAAAAUGAACCUGCUGGAGUAUUUGAAGUUUCUCGGACUAUCAUGAUCUCAUCACGCUUUAACGAUGGGGAUAUCUUAGGAUAUGGGAGGGAAAUGAUGGCCAAGUCUGUACAGAUGCAAAUAGUAAACGCCCUUCGUCAAGGUGAGAGAAGCAGAGCUUCCGGUAUGCUUGCAGAUAUUGACAGUAAUACAGCCGGUGAUUUCAUUCAUCUUUUAAAGUACUGUGCACGAUCACCUGAUCCAUUGUUUGUCUUGGAAACUUGGAGAACCAUGACUGAGAAAGAAGUUCAUGUGGAUCAUAAGAGCUACAUUCUUAUUUUCCGAGCUCUGUGCAAAGGGGGAUAUUUAGAUCAGGCGUUUAAUAUGAUGAAAACCCUUGAAAACAACGAUGAUUUUGCUCCUACCCUACCUUUGUAUAACAAUAUCUUGGGAGGAUGUGCUCUUGUCAAAAGUGUAGAUCAUGCGAAGAAAUGUUUGGAUCUAAUGCAUUGCCACUUGGUUGGGAAGGAUGAGAUCACAUAUACAUUGCUUCUAAAGCUUGCAGUAUUGCAGCAAAAUCUAUCAGCAGUUCACAGUAUAUGGGAUGAAUAUGUUAGAUACUACAGUCCCAGCAUCAUCUCCCUACGGAAGUUUGUAUGGUCCUUCACAAAGUUGAAAGACUUGAGAUCUGCAUACAAUUCACUACAAGCCAUGGUGAAUUUGGCUCUGAUGGAAGGAAGAUUAGCCACUUCAAGAUUAGACAUCCCCAUACCUUCCAACUGUGACUCAAGCAUGGAGGAAUAUAAUCACAAAGACAGCAAGCAUGAAGUUUCUGUCUUUUCGAACCCUGUGAAGAUAGGUGUCCCUAUGGAUGAUAAUGCAGAUACUGUUAUUUCUUGCCAAGAAAAUAUCCAGAUGAAAGGCGCCAAUCUUGGUUCCUCAAGAAAACAUAAAUUAUCAUAUACCAUGAAACUGUUGAGAUGGUCUUUUAAUGAUUUACUACAUUCUUGUGCCCAAACAUCAAAUUCUGUCUUAGCAGAGCAGUUACUUUUUCAGAUGCAAAAUAUUGGUUUAGAACCUUCAUCUAGCUCAUACGACGGCUUCAUUCGAGCAGUUGUUUCCAAUGCGGGCACCCACAGUGGACAUGAAGCACUAAAUAUAUUGCAACAGAAAAAUUUGAAGCCACACGAUUCAACUAUUGCAGCCAUUGUUGUACAAUGCUGCAAAGAGAUGAAUCUGGAUUUAGCUGAAUACCUGCUUAACCAGAUCUCUACAAAGUCUCAUGUAUACCCUUACAAUGCUUUCCUUGAAGCAUGUGAUGCCUUGGAUCGCCCUGAAUGUGCUAUUAGGAUGUUGGCAAAAAUGAAACAAAUAAAAAUCCAGCCGGAUAUCAAGACAUAUGAGCUACUUUUUUCCUUGUUUGGCAAUGUGAAUGCCCCUUAUGAAGAGGGUAAUAUUUUGUCUCAAGUUGAUGUUGCCAAAAGGAUUAAUCUUAUUGAAGUGGACAUGUCAAAGAAUGGCAUUCCUCAUACACUUUCUUCAGUGAAGAACUUAUUGAAAGCAUUGGGAGCAGAGGGGAUGACAAGUGAUCUUAUUCACUAUCUACGACUGGCUGAACAUCAGUUUUACAGUGGGGACUAUUAUUUAAGAACGACAGUAUACAAUGUUGUGUUGCAUUCACUUGUUGAGGCUAAGGAAAGUGACAUGGCAAUUGAAAUGUUCACAUCUAUGAGGUCAGAUGGCUUUCUCCUGGAUGCUGCAACUUACAACAUAAUGAUUGAUUGCUGCAGCACAAUAAGAUGUUUCAGAUCUGCAUGUUCCCUGCUUUCUCUAAUGAUGCGUGAUGGUUUCGCUCCUGUAAAUGUAACUUAUACAGCUCUUAUAAAGAUUCUGCUGAGAAAUAAAGAUUUUGAUGAGGCGUUAAAACUGCUGGAUCAAGCAAAUCUUGACGAGAUCCAGUAUGAUGUAUUAUUAUUCAAUACCAUUCUUGAUGAGGCAUGUGACAAGGAAAGACUUGAUAUAAUUGAGGUCAUAAUAGAGAGAAUGCACAGAGCGAAGGUUCAGCCCGAUGCAUCAACAUGCAACUCAGUAUUCUCGGCAUACAUAAAUUAUGGUUUCAUAAGCACAGCAAUGGAAGCAUUGCAAGUCCUUAGCAUGCGCAUGAUUUCUUACGACGAAUCCGUUAUCGAAAGUAAAAAGAUAGAGUUUGAAGAAAAUUUCAUAUUUUUGGACGAUGAAGAUGCGGAAUCUAGAAUCAUCGAUCUUUUCAAAAGUUCAACGGAUAAUAUAGCUGUGGCCCUUCUAAACUUAAGAUGGUGUGCCAUCCUUGGAUACCAUAUCUCUUGGGUUCCUAGUCAAAGUCCAUGGACCAGGAGACUCUCUACUAAUUAUAACUGCUAAUAGGAAAAAAGGUUAGUUACUGUGAUUUUAGUGGAAACCGAAUCUGAGAUAUUUGAUCGGAUUUGCGGUUGAUGAUAAUGGGUGGUGGUUAUCAGAUAUGUUCUAUACUGUAAUUUGUGUAAUAAUGAAAAUUGAUUUCUUGGCUUAGCAAAACAUUUGUGAGUA